GCACACCACAACAGUGACUUUGAAGCUUGAGUGACUCAAAAUGCCCGCACUUUCCAACAAGACACUCGGGGCAAGGGCUUAAAAGGAACGAGUCAAGAACGAGGAUUCUCUUUAAGGAAAAUCAAAUUGACUGCACAGGAAUAUUACGAAGCCCGUGGCGAAGUGGUCAAAGGAUCACGUCUUUUGGGUUCAUGUGCACGGAGAGAACUGGGCGGGGGGGUGUUUUGGGUUUGGUCACCGGGACAGCCCCAAGGGAAAAAAGGCAAAAAAGAAGGCAGAAACUAGAGACGGACUGUGGAAAACAGAUACCCGUCUCCGACAAGAGAAGAAUGAAAAUCCACAAUACAAUACAAAUAAUCCCAACACGAUGCUGCUGGGCUUUGGGGGAAGCGGGAGAGAGAAAAGACCGAUGAGGUUCGUCGACUCAAUUGGCCAGUCAACAGAAGGGAAGAGGGAGAGAGGGAGAGGGAGAGAGGGAGAGGGAGAGGGAGAGGGAUAAGUGUUGGUCCUAGCACGAUUCCUCCAACCGAGUUGUCCGCUGUUCAAAAAGAGACAGGGUAAAGGGAAAACAAAAGAGCAGAAGAGAAGAGAAGGGAGAAAGGAGGAAGACGAGAGGAAGAGGACGAGGUGGGAAAGAUAAAGAGGUGGGUGUGCGGGAUAGGAACCACAGGGAGGAGGAAACUACCCAGAGCGGAAAACACUGAAAGGGAUGAUGGGCUGGUCAAGAGCUGAUAUUUCUUACUGUGUAUUUCUCCAUACUACGUACAUAAUUCACCUCGCCGCCGCCUCUGAUUGGGGAGGGGCAGUCAGCCAAGGGCAAGCCUGCACCGUGCAUGGGACCGGACUGCCAGACGAGGGAUUUGUAGUGGAUGCAACAGGCUGCAUACGGGCAUGAUAGCGCCAGAGGACCGCCCCCUUCACACUAGCUGCUGCACGCUCCCAACUGUUAUUUAACGACUGGCACUCGGCCUCCCUCACCCAGCGCAGUGUUACGGCGCGGACUUUGCUAUCUUCGGAGCCAUUCUCGGAGGGGCCCUCGUAGGCUGGUUAAGCCUAUCUUGGGAAGGAAACAGCGAGCUGGUGGGGCUUGCUUGGCCUGUCUUGUCUGCCCUCGGGCCUGCGCGUGUGGUUGGUGGCUGGCGAAAUUAAGAGUUCUUAGGCUGGUAGUUGAACGCCGCUGAUGUACCGCGAGGUACCCAUCAUUAUUUGACGGAAUUCUUCCCUUCAUGUGGCACAAAUCACCCACAUUCACGCGGCCAACCACUAAGAAGGUUCACGAUGCAGAUGAUCACUCCAUGGAUUCAACAUUCACCCAAUUGUUCCUCACUUCAACUCCCCCUCGUUCCCACAUGGCCUAGGAAUGACGAUAUAUAUCAUACAUAUUUAAUCACCUGGCUCAUGGGAAGCCCUGGAAUAACCCUACAAUGUGUUGAUCUGUUGGCCACCCUUCUGUUUCCUGUCGUCAUCCUCAUCAGAGUCAUCACCCCCCCUCAAAAUCAUUAGAUGUGGUGGUUAUUGACUGCGUAAAGAGCUGGCGAAACGACGGCUCUUUAUCCUGGUCAGACAGUUUCGUUAUUUUCCCCUGGCGCCGGAACUGUAUACGGGAUUACCCAAUUUGGUCAGUCUGGGAGUUUACUUACGGUCAUUCCCAGACUACCAGUAACUUUUCCUGUGAAACGGGUUUCGCCAAUUCAGAAUAAACAUGCUCUCUUCCCAGUGGUUGACAUUAAAAAAUAUCAAUCCAACUCAAAGAGAGAGAAACAAAACAGCGAAGCUUCGUUCGAAACUUGUCCCACAAAACCGAGGCCGUACGAGGGUUGAGGUGAAAAUUAAAAAAAAUUGGGAAGCUGUCCCGUCAGUUUGGUUUCUUUCUAUUCAUGAAAAAACCUAACUAGCCAGUCCAGCACACCCAUUGAAACGAGACUUCCAUGGGACAAGAUCAUCCUGCACUCCCUGCACACUACGCUCAGGUGAAAUUGAUACUACUAGUCGUGCCUAGGGCUACAUGGUUCGGUCUUCGAAGUCAUCGAGCUGGUGAGUGGUGACACCUACAAUGAUGAUACGAUUUGAUAAGGUUAAAAUUUUUAUAAUGGAUCCAUGCUCCUCAAUCGUUCAGGGAAUAGAUAGUCCGUGAGAGAGUGGAGAUUGCUGUUCAUGAUUUUCUUUUUCGGACUUCUGAGGACUAUAUUAUUCUUGCCGAGUUGGUUUGUCUUCGCUUAUCGGGUUCUUGCUUGAAUCGGCUGGCAGAUACAAUAUUCGUAAUCCUGUUUUCCAACUGUUCGACCUAAAAAGGAAAAAGAAAAAAUAUAUUAUCCGAUGGACGGGACGGACGUGAGCAUGUUUGAGUUCACCAAAGCUCUGGAGAGAGCCCUUGUUGCGAGCGGCUGUGGGCCCGCUAACUCUAAGCGCGCCUACACUUCAACCCACCUUUUGAUGACGUUAUUGGGGUUGGUUUUGCGGCUCAAUCCUUCCCAUCCCCGCUUAAUCAAUCAAUGAUGUUCCGAUAAGAGGAACAUAUCAUCCCGCCGGGACAAGUGGCAUGUCUCCAAUAAGUUUCGGUCAGAACAGAGGCGCCAAUAAUUAAGUUAGGGUAGAAAAGACCCAACAGACCAAUUUUACACAAUAUGGGUUCCGGAAAGAGAGACAGGAAUUUGUCUUAACCACAUAACUUUCAGCAGAAAUUUGGAGUUACAUGGAGGUACAUGUACAAGGGCCUCAGUAACAGCUUUCAUCGCUCUGAGAGGAGAUUCAGGAUACACUCAAAACUAGGCAUGUAAGAAAUCAUACUGGUUGUUUCCAACCCGUGGUGGUUUGACAUCGAUUGAUUAAUCCUGCAAUAUUCAGCUUACCUCGCGCAUUCAACACAAACCCGCCCUCAAACCACCAGUGGUCCCUCUUUUGGGUGUCACAAGGCUACUUUUAUGCUGCGACGAUGAAGGGACCGGUGGCGAAAUACUGUUCCUCAAACGUCAUUCGUCGGCGGUGGUUGCUAUUCUCGCUAAGGCUAACAUGAGGAUAGCUAGGUAUCGCCGACGUUGGAAUAAAGAACCAUGACAUUGGUUCAUUUGAUUGGGAACACUCCCAAGAGCCAAAUACACGGUAAAUUUAUUCCAUCAAGUUUGACAAGAGACGAAGAGAGUUGCAAUAGUAAUACUUUACCUAGGUAUGUUGUCCGGUUAAUAAUACCAGAAGCACUAAUGUGAUAUCAUGCCAGGAGAUCGCUAAUAAGCCGUCUACAAAUUUUCGCAAUUUUUUUCACGAGUCUCAUGAAUUAUGCAACAUGUCAGACAAGCCACAAGGCUAGGGCGCUUACACUGAUUUAAUUCGAGGCUGGGUAGCCAAAGCGCUCCCACUCACAGGCUGGUCGAUCCCCGUAACUAGUGCAUAAAUUAUCAGCACCUCAUCGCCAUAUUGUGCCGCAUAAAUACAUACAACCGGAAUUGAUUCACAACUAAUCGCAGUGAGAAAGUCAUGUUGCGCUAAUUUUACGUGCAGAAUAACACCCCCGUCUGAUAAUUAUAAUAAUUAUAAUAAUAAUACACAAUACUAAAUUCCGGCCCUUGAUUGAGUCUGACAUUUCUGCAUAUGCGGGCGGAAUAGAUAUGAUCCGCUGCGAAUGGCAGUCCCGGUUCCCUUGUCCUCUUGUUCUACCGUUUUACCCCAUUUGUCAAGGCGCAGCUGCGUCCGAGGGCAAGGCUGCGUGUCAAUAAUCAGAACAUUAAUAAUAGAUUGAAAAUGCAGUAAGCAGAUAUCAAAAGCUCCCUUCUUUAUUUCUUCACCGCUAUUGCUCCGCACGGCGGUGCUGGUCUUCCACUUGCUGCGAUUUGAUGACCACACCCAUCAAAUUGUGCCCCUCUCUAACACAUCCGACCCUUGUCUCCAUGGAUGCGGGAUAUCCCUCCAACAAAGACAAUAUUAUUUAAGCUUUUGGUGCACACUGACAUCGGCUAACUAUAAUGAGCAGUGCGUAAACGAAGGCAACGAAGGGGGUCCGAAAUCGCUGCUCACUUUCCAGUACCCACACCCACAAUGUCUAAUAAUAAUUGGACUCGUCAAGCUAGUCCGGCGGUUGCAUUUUCACAAAAUGUUGUGAUUUUCCAGAAAUCUGGAUGAUCCGACAGCCAAGGUAUAUAAUAUUAAUUUAAUCAGAUAAUCCGUUUUGCACGGCUCUGUUAUUAGUGAUAUUGGUUGAUCAGGCCGUGCCAUACCUUGGGAUGGCAGGAAGAAAUAAAAAUAAAAAGAAAAAAGAAAAAAGAAAAAUUGAAGGAACGAGAAGGAAAGUUCUCAAAAGCCAAGAUUGAUAGUUAACUAAGUUAACUACCUAACUACCUUUUUGACUAGUGACAAACACACUCAUGUGGAUUAUCAACAACCCAGUUCGCCAGAGCCACACACGGUUUCUGUUCCAUGGCCUUAUAUCUUUCAAAUCCCAGUUGGUUUCCGCUACCUCCAAUAAUUAAUUAAAUAAUGGUUAUCUCGCCACUUUAAAUGAUAGAGAAAGACGCCAUAGACUCAUCACCGUGCAAUUUCUAUCAAACUCUCCCAGGACAACUACUCCAAACCCGAGAAAAUCCACCAGGGCCACCACACAACAAUCGCAAACAACAUGAUCUCAAAUAGUUAACCUAUUGGCUAAUUUAUCUAUUGUGGAGCCACGCCCAUAAAUAGCUUACAGCGCCAGGGAAGUUUCUUCGCCCUCUUGUUCAUAUAUAUCUACUACUCCGGUGUGGCUUAUCUUCCGCCAUUUUACUACACAUGGCUUUGGUCCGUGCCAUAGAACAGCGGGGAAGAAUCAACAAGAAAAGGGCACAAGAAGGAUUUUUCCUUUUGUUCCCCUUUUUCCUUCCCACCUUCUUCUCUUUUCACCAGAGCAGGAAACGUUUGGUCCUGAAAUACGGAGAAAAUACAGGAUAAUGCAACAGGGCUAUAUUCUGCGGUUACCGCGGCGCGCUAACCAAUAGCGCUUCCACCGUUCAAACUAGAUGAAAUAAGCCCCACCCUAACCUUUUCAAGAUUUUCGACACCAAAUCCUGCGGUUCAUCCUUGCUGAUUUCUGCGCUAUUGCUUAGUGCAUACAUCCACAUCCACAUGCACAUACAUAUGUACUACUGCGCAGCAACCCGGCAUUCGAAUAUCUUACCUCCUUGGUCGCGGGUUUCCUGUCGGCCCGCGUGGCCCGGAAAUUAGCGCUAGCUCAUCUGCCAAUACGCCCCCCUGGGCAACUAUAAAAGAACUUUCAAACCAGCACCUCCGCUCUCUGCACAUAACGACAUACCAUUAACUCUGGGCAAUAGUGGAACAAGCUAUGAAGGGAGCUCGAGCCCUCCGAAUCCUGCUAUAUACAGACAAACUGCCACUCAAUUCAUUGUACGGAGUAAUGCAGCGCUGGUUGUUGAGAAGAUCUAAGGUUGGAUCGGGAAUGUGUCUUGCAGGAACUUAAGGAGACAGCACGAUUGUUGACCUAGGCAUACUAGUGCUUCCAACAUCCUCAGGAAUAUCACUAGCCUUCAAAAUAAUGAAGUAGUAUGAACACAUGAAAUGGCAUAUCGUUCCACAACAUGGCUCAUCAUUUGGUUUUUGACUCGUUCUCACGCCCAAUUAUCGAUUUCCGGACACAUGUUUGCUCAAUAUAUCCAAUUCCGAAAAAUUUCAGACACGAAAUUUAUGUCCAUCCCAAUAUAUCUAGACGAUUUCCCCCAAUCAUCCCACGUGACAGCCAUGCCAACUUCCAAGGUUUGACCACACGCCAUGCUUGAAUAGUUGGUGAAAUUAGAAUCCUGGCGCUCCAUCCUUUACUCACGUGGAAGAAGGAAAAAUAUAAAAUUUGAGAGAACUGUAACAUGUGUGCGUACGCAUUCGCACAGUAAAACGUAUCGGAUUUUAUGCAAGCAGUGGUUCAAACUGUUUUGCCUGAAUGAUCACGGUUGGAAAUCCCUGACACCUUGGCUAUUUUGGCCCCUGUUGCCUAAUUUUUCCGAGAGGCCGCGACCCCCCCAGCUGCUGUGCUUAGCGUUGUCAUCCUGCCUCUGUACAUGAUGCGCCCCUCUGGAAGUCUUCCCCGGCAAUACUACAGCGUAGGUUGACGUUUUAUCAGUCUUGGGAGUCUGAAAUGCACUCCUUUCACCCCACCUACCCAAGAUAGAGGCGAAGGGAGAGUCUUGUGUCCAUUCACCUGGGCGUGGAAUUUCGGAUUGUGCGAAGCCUAACCGGUGUUAGUUUGUGGGAAGAGGAAGUCUGACUGGUAUCUGCCCUGAGACUGUGGCUGGGAUAUCAUGCUUAUAUUGGAUUGAAGUAACCACCGAGCGAGCUGCCUUGGCACUUUCUAGUCAGGAGAGAAAAUCGACGAAAAAUAAAAAUAUGAAGACAAGGUACUGGUGAAGAAACUUCCCAAUCAUGAAUUCAGGACUUUGUCAUUUUCACUGGCAACGUUGCCCCAACCCCCCCUAUCUUUGCCGAUGAUAUUCGAUUUUCCGCAUUUUCAUGCCCUUCUCCCCCGCUUCUCCUUCACUAGACUUGUGAUGAGAUGACCUGGGGGUCGUCUCCCCCCGGUCAACCAACCUUCUUCUCUAGUGUGGGGUCAAUUUUCGUCCACCCACCCCGCUCAAAACGACAAGUGGUUGCUAGUUGGUUGAUUGUGUUUCAUUGCAUGGAAAUCAUUGAGGCUAGUCACUAGUAACUAAGUGAGGAGGAUGCAGCAGUAACUAAUGCAAACCAGUUAACAUUCCUUCUUCAGGAAUCAGCACGGUGUGCUGCCCGGUGUGCGUUUGAUGAGACUCCACUAUUAACUAACGACGUUCAAAAUCUCUCCAACGUUAGUCGGAGUUUAACUGGAUUGAAUCUUACUAAGUGUAUAUCCAGUUGAAUAUGAUAAACAACCUACUUGAUCUACCCCACAUCAUUCUUUGAAUUCCGUGCUUUUGGCAGCUGGAUGAUCAGCUCUCAGAAACAACUUUCCGGUGGCAUUGUGUGAUAUGGAAGUCUUUAAGGAAUAGGGCAAAAGUUUGAAUCUCGAAUACAUGGCCAUUUCGUCUAUCGCCGUUUCUGACUACCUACGGAGUACUUUAUCGUUGAGAUGGGGCCAACAUUAGGGUUGGAGGGGUUGGCGUUAAUCCUUGAACUUCGGAGAAAACAUUUUGCCCCAUCGCGAACUUCACCCUCUUUGACCUUGGCCCCCACGGGGAAGCAGAUGCCAAGCCGACCCGUGUGUUAAAGGCUGACCACGCUUCGCACUCGAAUUGCAGUCAGAUUUUGUUGGAAUGGUGGGGGGGGGGGGGGGGGGGGGUAUGGGGGUAUGCGAAUGGCAUGGAUAGAGUGGUGGAAAUAUAUUUAUGGUUAUUGGCGGCAGGGUAGUUAGCCUCUAAAAGCGUCACGGCGAGAGGUUGUUGGCUAAUCCUAUGAUUCAUCGUGAGAUUAAAUUGAUUGACAUUGCCUUAGCCGGUAGUAAGGGUUUUGUUCAUCAUUUUAGCUCGUCGUUGGUAGUAAGUUAUCGCGGAUAUUCGUCAUGUGAGAAUAUCACCUUCGAUCAGGACUAUUGUGAUAGGCCAAGUAAUAUAUAGUUAUGACGGUCACCAUCCGACCUGAACCAAAGCUCUCCUUCACCUAUCGCUUUGCGGCCUUCUAAGGCUAUCUCUCAGAGAUAUUAUGGACCAAUUUAUCGAAAAGUUUGCGGCUUCCCAUUGAUUAACGGUGAGCACUAAGCCCCAUAAAAUCUAAACCUGCGGGUAUGAAAAUAUCGAAAACUUGUGCGAAUCAUGACGCUAUCCCCGGAUCACAAGUGUAUCUCAACUGCGCGAUGACGUCGCAAGCAUAUCUGUCAAUGUCCCAAUUGAGCAAUUUGGCCAUCUGGUAUUUCGUAUUAGGUAAAACCGGAGUGAAUGCGGGCACAUAUAUCGUUAUUAAACAUCUGCGGUUGGCAAUAUCCUCUUUCCAUUGUGCGACACUCUUUUUCAUCGGUAACUUAGCAAACAAACGGACGUUACCUAGUAGAGUAGUGGAUAAAUACUAUGCUUCCAAUACUUGGGGCCUCAGCAUACAAUGGACCCGCAAGUACUAAUUUUAAAAAUUGUGAACUUGGAUGAAAAGGAGUAAAUAUGCUUUUGGCACCGAACAUUGUUGGACUGAAUAUAGGUGGCGCAAGGCUUAGCUGAGCUGUAGUUAGACUUUUCUCGCCGUCUGUCUUUUUAUUCUUAUUAUUCGCUUCCAUAGGGUAUGAUCAUUUCUUCUCAAAUGCAUGUAUCAAAAAUGCAAGUAUGCAGGCUCUGCCUCUCAUAUUUUGAAGGAUGGUGAUCUGGGAAGCUCGCAGGACAGGGACCUAGGUGGCUGGCUGUGUCCUCUGUCCCGAUUUGAAAAAUAUUCCAGGCCGCACUUUAUCCUCCCUUCAUCUGUAUUUUCUUUUUCUUUUCCUUCUUAUAGUUUUUAAAGCUUUGCAAUCAGCAUUCAUUUGUGAUUGUAGUCCUUCUCUCAUUUUUGACGCGACAGAUAUCUAUUUCGCUGACAUCAUUGGCACGGAAUACCCUGUGGAAAGCUAGCCACGGGCAGGUUAAACCUGCGACAGCGGAGCUUUGUUCACCGUCUUUUUAUAUCUUUGCCUGCAUCUGCUCCCCGUUCAUGUCGAUAACUGAGUUUGAUGUGUCACAGCUGUAUAUCAAUGAAUGUAGUGGACAGACCAGUGGCGACGACAUCCUGAAAUCGGUCAAAUAUGUAACAUCUCUCUCGCCCAGGUUAUGUAUACGCAGCGUAAAGUAUGAGCGGCUUUAAUAGUUUCCUGUUGCAAUUCGGUUUAUACCACCUGUAAUGGGAUGCUCACAGCUAAUAAGCUUCAACGAAGGGAUUAUAGGCCCAUAUUAACAUUGGGGGGGAUAUGACAGAGGUCUCGGCCUUGAUAAUAAAGUUUCAUAGAGCGGUAAUAAACAUUCGGGCUGCAGGCAUGUCACGUGAGAUAGGUGGCUGAAAUAUGAAAUGACGCUGAGCAUACUCCGUUAUGACUUGACGUGGCUGUGCACUUCAACCUCGAUUUUGAGAAGCUAUCAGCAGUUUUUGACGUUACGUUAGACCUGCAAAAAUGGAUUGAUUCCAUUUUGAGAAAUAAAUUUUGGAUCGAGUGUACGUGCGAAAAAGGGAUGGGUUCAUCGCAGGAGGAUGAGGAGACCUAUGGGCUUCCCGACUUCAACAAGAGGUUCAUCAAGGACGAGGAGCUCGAGCACUUCGAGAACGCCCUCAGCGCGCCGGAAGCUGCACCUCUCGUUGCGAUUAAUGACUGGCGCCCCAUACAUCAGAGAGUGCGGAAACCAGGACAGCGUCGCAAGGCCAACAGAACAGUUGACGAAACGAGGGAAGGGUAUUUGUAUACAAUCCUAAAAUGGCCCUUGCUUUCGCUCGCCUUGGGUUGGAUUUCGGUUCUCAGCGUUCUCUACAUUCUCACUCGGCUAUAUAUUUACCUCUACGAGCAUUUAAUCACUUGGAGAGGAAAGAGGCAAACGUUGAGAAGGCAGAUGAGAACUACAAGAAACUAUGGCGAAUGGAAGGAGGCAGCCAAGAAGCUGGACUCCUAUUUGGGGAAUGACAAAUGGAAAGACGUGAACGAGUAUGCAUAUUACGACCAUGGAACCGUCAGUAGGGUCAAAAGCCAGCUGGAGGCGCUAAGGGCCAAGGUGGAACAAUCGCAAACAAAGGGCGAUGAUUCUGUAAAGCUCGGCCCGUUGCUGGAAGACCUCCGUGUGUUGCUGGAAGGAUGUGUCAAGCAUAAUUUCGCCGGUGUUGAGAACCCACGUCUGUACAGCGAGACAUAUUUUGGAACCAAGCACCUAGUUCAACAAUUCAUCGACGAAGUACAUGCCUCGUUGCAGCUCAUCCUUAGAACCAAAGAUAUCCCUCAGGAGACGAAGGAAGCUUUUUUCAAGCACCUGGAGACUAACUAUGGUCGCACGGCGUUGUGUCUUUCUGGAGGAGCUACAUUCUCAUACUAUCAUUUUGGGGUCGCCAAAGCUCUCCUUGAUAAUGGUGUGCUCCCUGAUAUUAUUUCGGGGACUUCUGGAGGUGCCCUUGUAGCCGCGCUGGUAGCAACUAGGACCGAUGAGGAGCUUAAAAAGUUACUUGUACCAGAGCUGGCCUAUAAGAUUAAGGCCUGCGAAGACCCGUUACAAGUUUGGAUACGGCGAUGGUGGCGAACGGGAGCUAGGUUUGACACGCUCGACUGGGCUGAAAAAUGCAGCUGGUUCUGCAGAGGCUCUACUACAUUCUUGGAGGCGUAUCAGCGCACCGGACGGAUUUUAAACGUCUCAUGCGUUCCGUCGGAUCCUCACUCUCCUACAAUUCUGGCAAACUAUCUCACAUCGCCCCAUUGUGUCAUAUGGAGCGCAGUCAUUGCCUCCGCAGCUGUUCCCGGUAUACUAAAUCCUGUCGUGCUGAUGAUGAAGAAGCCUGAUGGAACGCUCGCCCCCUAUUCCUUUGGCCAUAAAUGGAAAGACGGUAGUCUCCGGACUGACAUACCGCUGAAGGCAUUGGAUAUACAUUUCAAUGCCAACUUUCCUAUCGUGUCUCAAGUUAAUCCCCACAUAAGUUUAUUCUUUUUCAGUUCCAGGGGGAGCGUUGGCCGUCCUGUCACACAUCGUAAAGGCCGUGGUUGGCGCGGGGGUUUCCUAGGAUCGGCCACAGAACAAUACAUUAAAUUGGACCUCAACAAAUGGCUCAAAGUCCUCAGACAUCUCGAACUUCUUCCUCGGCCACUGGGUCAGGACUGGAGUGAAAUAUGGCUGCAACGGUUCAGCGGAAUUGUUACUAUUUGGCCAAAAACUAGUCUCUCUGAUCUAUAUUACAUCCUGACUGACCCUACCCCGGAUCGAUUAUCGCACAUGAUACAAGAAGGCCAACAUAGCACCUUCCCGAAGAUACAAUUUAUCAAGAACAGGAUGAAGCUCGAGAAGGUAAUCUCCGAGGCGCUGAAGCGCGAUGGUCGUGCUUUUGCUCGCCAUAUUAAUACGCCUUUGCCACCUGAAAUUGACGCAUCCGCCAACGACGGUGAAUUGGACCAACAGGUUGGUAGCUAUUUGCAGGAAGACUUGGAUAAGUGGCAGGAUGGGUAUGGCGGCACAGGCAAUGCACGAGUUCCAGAGUCAGAUAAUAGACCGCAUCUAAAACGUCGCAGCAGCGUUCUUGAAGAGAUUCGACGGCAGUCAGCUGUUUUUUUCGAUGACCUUGACGAGGCUGGGCCGAGUGAGGAUUGAACAGCUGCUAAGAAGUCAAGAAAGAGGGAUGAGAGUUGGAUGAUUGAUUUUUUACAUCCUGUGGGACUGUCUGAAUUUUUUUU